UUUUGAUUGUAGCGUUUCUACCAGAAAUUGGCUUCAUCAAAUUCUGCUUUAUUCUGACUUUAUCAUACAUGGCAUGCCUUGUUUUAGUGGGUUCGUUCCUGGAGCUUAAGUAUAUUAUACCUGAAUCCCCCACCAUUUAAAAGCCAAUUUAUAAACAGGGACUUGGAGUGUGACUCCACUAAUGUGUGUGUCUGUGGUCUUGGUUAGAAACCCACUUGGCUGCCUUUCGUCAGAGAGGUAGGGUGUGGGGGAAGGGAGCUGCCGGGAAGUGAUUGAUAAGGUUUCCUUUAUGGAUUCUGUGGUGCUUCACUGGAGCUCAGAGCACUUUGGCAACUUAAGCACUCCAAAUUAAAAGCUCAUUAACAAUUCCUGCCCAAAGAUCCUGUAAAUAAUCAGCUAGCUAGGUCCUAGAGCUUGGCUGAGAGCUCUCCUUCCAACUUGAAAUUUCCAAAUAAAAGUGCCUUUAUUCCUUUUCAUUUUGAAAAGUGUUUUCUUGGUGGUGGGGUAAGUCUGUGAGUGGUCUUUCCCAGGGGAUCUGAGUAGCAUAAAGUCUUAAAUGUGUAGAGUGGUAGACAGGAAUAGAUUGGUUCCAAACCUAAGUGUUUCUCUGUGCAAAGGGCAUUGCUAGCUUACAAGAGCACCUCUGCAACUUCUAGUCUUUUGGAAAAUCUGAAUUAGGUGAUAAAUAUGAUAGGUGUCCAUUAAUGAUUUGACUUAGGGUUUGGUUACACUUUGACUUUCUUAGGACUUGAGAUAGACCUGGAAGUAUACUGCAGGUGUUUAAUGGUCUAGUAUGGCCUGUGGGUUUGUGGCAACCAGCCCCUCCCCCAAUCCUGGUCUUAGUUCCUGAGUUCUGAAUAUUGUCAACCUUACCAGUGUCUCCUCCUUGACUAAACUAGGAUUCUAGUGUUAUCCCGAGAGACACCAUUUCAUGACCAUCUUUCUUAGUCCAAGCUCAGAUAUUAUAAAUGUUUAGUGUUUCUAGGAGAUAACCUCCUUAGGAAGAAAAGUAUGCUACUAGAGAACAUGAAAUCCAUCAUUCCAAAAAUAUAUAGUACUAGUAGCUUCUGAAAGCUCUGUUCAGGCAUUGUUCUUCCACAUAGAUAACUUAUCCCAAAGUAGUUUGAGUUUAGGAGUUUGAGGUUUGGUGUGGUCCUUAAAUUGUUUCAAAUAGCAGCAGUCCGGGAUUUGAUCCUUUAUACUGAAAUAGACUUGUUGCAGAGAUGUGUAUUUAUCCACAGCAUUGGGGCUUUCCAGCUCUCACAGAACCUUCAGCAUCCCCAGCUGGCAGUCUUGGCAUCUUCGAAGUAAGGAGAGAUGCUUCUGGAUGUUCAAUGCUAGCACCUUUACAGACUGGAGCAGCUCGAUUUUCUUCAUAUUUACUUUCAAGAGCAAGAAAAGUGCUGGGCUCCCACUUAUUUUCUCCCUGUGGUGUUCCGGAGUUCUGCUCCAUAUCCACCAGAAAACUGGCGGCCCACGGCUUUGGCGCAUCCAUGGCGGCAAUGGUGCCCUUCCCUCCCCAGAGGUAUCACUACUUUUUAGUGCUGGACUUUGAGGCCACGUGCGACAAGCCACAGAUUCAUCCUCAGGAAAUCAUCGAGUUCCCCAUCCUGAAGCUAAAUGGUCGGACCAUGGAGAUUGAGUCUACCUUUCACAUGUACGUCCAGCCUGUAGUCCAUCCACAGCUUACUCCCUUCUGUACAGAGCUCACCGGGAUUAUUCAAGCCAUGGUGGAUGGUCAGCCGAGCCUGCAGCAAGUGCUGGAGAGGGUCGAUGAGUGGAUGGCGAAAGAAGGCCUCUUAGAUCCAAACGUCAAGUCAAUUUUUGUCACUUGUGGAGACUGGGACUUGAAAGUCAUGCUCCCAGGCCAGUGCCAGUACUUGGGCUUGCCAGUGGCGGAUUACUUCAAGCAGUGGAUUAAUCUGAAAAAGGCUUACAGCUUCGCCAUGGGCUGCUGGCCCAAGAAUGGACUUCUAGACAUGAACAAGGGCCUCAGCCUGCAACACAUAGGCCGGCCCCACAGCGGCAUUGAUGACUGCAAGAACAUUGCCAACAUCAUGAAGACACUUGCAUAUCAAGGCUUCAUUUUCAAGCAGACAUCAAAGCCAUUCUGAUCGGCCGAGGACGGGAUGGGGCAGGACAGGGUAGCUGCUUGGCCCAGCCCAGAACCCUCCUUUCCCUCACCAGAGGGGAAAAGGGAGAGUGGCACAGCUCUACAUCCAGAGUGUCCCCCAGCCUGCCCUGUGGGCUUGUGCCCUGGGUAAGGCCUUGGCCACUCGGCCCCUCUGGAGCAGACACUUUGUGCCCCCCACCCCAACCCCUCAACCACAGCCCAGUAUUAGCCCCUCCCACUGUGGGCCUGGGCUAGGGGGACCCAGGCACUCACCGCCUCUUCCCUGGUACACAGGCUUCUGCUGGGGCCACUGAGCCCCCCUGUGCCCCCUCCCAUCUGUAGUGCAUGGUGUGUGGUGCCCCCAGGGCUCCAGGACAGAUCAGGCCCCACCUUGUGUCUACCCCCAUCCCCGCUGUGAACGUGCCACUGAAUAAAGUCGGGGAAACGAG